GAGCAUUAUGCAGCACUACCUAGGAAGAAGAAGUUGAGUUACGUUUACCAACGUCAAGACUCGAUAAAGAAACAAGAGAAAAGUGCAAAAAUAAAGCGAAUAAUCGCCAAUAAAAAUAAGCAAAAAAAGCCCAAGUGUAUUUCACUUCUCAAGUAACAAAAAAAAACCGGUACCUUUUGAGGCAAGUGCUCGCAAACGGCAUUUGUAAAAGUUGCGCGUUCACGGUAAUUGUGUGCGUGGAGGGAGCGAAGCGUGGACGCAGAGUGGAAUAAACUCGCCAGCGCCAGUCGAUAGCGUUUUGAAUUCACUUAUUUCGCAAUUCAGUGGACCAGCAUAAUUAGCAACUGCAACUGAGCAAUGUCGGAGGCAACUAUAGAUCAGAAGCCGGCGUCCGCAGAGGAGACCCCAACGUCAUUGGAUGAGAAAAAAACACCCAAGCGCACUCCGAAACGCCGAUCAUUCAUUGAGCGGGCACAGCGGGAAAGCGAGGAACUGGUACGAACGAUGGGUGGCAGUUUGGAGCUUGAGGGCGGUCGGCGCACGCGAUCCAGUACUCGCGGGACUCCGACACGGGCCGGCGAUACAGUGACGCCGCCACCUAGCAAGAAGGCACGCACAUCACCGGCAUCGACUACCAAGGCUAGUGGAGGUGGUGGUAAGGGUCGCGGGGCACGCAAGCUGGACGUGGGCGGCGAGGAGCCUGAGCCAGAGCCGGAAAAGGUACAGACACCAACAAAGGGAAAGACACCGGCCAAAAAGGAAAAGAAAGAGGUGAAGAAGGUUGAAGAGCCGGCUGAAGAAGAAAAAACCGUGGUGGAGGAGGUUGAGAAGAAGGAGAAGGUGGAGAAGGUCCAGGAAACCAAGAAAACAGAUGCCACACCAGCCGCUGAUCAACCGGAUGCUGUGGGAGAGUUACCAGCAGUAGCAGAGGAGAAACAAAACCACAUUGAAGAAGCCAAACAAACUCCCGAAGAGUCAGAAAAAGCUGAGGCGCAGGCUGAGAAGGUGGAAGAUUUGCCUAAAACCAACGAUACUGCUGAGAACGGUGCUGCGAAAGACUCUCUUGCUGCUGUAGAUUCCGAGACUGCUGCUAUGGACGUGGACGAGGAGUCUCCCGCUGCUACACCUACUGAAUCUGCCGAUGCACCUGCAGUGGUGGAAGAAAAAACAGAGGAUAAGGCCGAACCGGCAGUACCUGUUGCGGAAAAGCCGAAAGACCCAGUUGAACCUGCCAAGGAACCCACUCCAGAACCCAUGGAAGUGGAUGCGAGUUCAAAGGGUAGUUCGGACACCGCCCAGGUGGAAACGCCAGCUACAGAGGAAGUUGUUGCUGAACCAGUGCCCGAGUCGGUCGUGGAGGCGGAGUCCACAGAUACCAGCAAAAAGGUGGAUGAGGUGGCUACAGAAGCCAAAGAAGUCGUUCCAGAAGUGCCCGCUGUGGAAUCCAAGGAGGCUGAGAGCACAAUCGAAUCAGCAGAGCCCAAGGAAGUAAUCCCACCCGCUGCUGAAAUCAAGGAAGCGGACAGCAGUGAAGAGCCCAAGGUUGUAGAGAGUUCCGUGGCAGAGUCCAAGGAACCUGAAAGCACAUCGGAUGAGAAUGCCACGCCUAUUGCCGCCGAGGUUCCAGCCGCCCCCGCCAUUAAUGAUGUCAUCAAGCCCGUGGUGGUGGUGGCAGAUGACGCCAGUGCUGUUGUCGCGGAGAGUCCUUUGAAGGAAUCGACGGUCAUAAGUGAUGUUAACAAAGAACCCAAUGUUAAUGGAGAGCCCAAGAUCGUCAACAGUUCCGCCGAAGUGGCUGAGAACGCAGCGCCAAAGGUCUGUAACUAGGCCGAUCGAUCCACCGAUGGACAACCAACAACUGUAAUGCGUUUGAGGAUGUGUACAAAAAUGUCUUCAGCCUGCCCGCCGGGUCGGUGAGGAUGUGGCUAACGAUACGCAAAUAUUUAAGAGUUCCCCCCGUCUUUAAUGCAAAACACACAUACUGUUAUGAUUUUUUUUACAACUGACUACUUUAUUUCGUAC